GGUUUCCUGAACCUGUCGUGGUCACGGUUUGCGCGGGUGACCCUGACUCGCUGCGUCGCCAUCGUGCCCACGGUGAUCGUGGCCGCGUACCAGGACGUGUCCAACCUCUCGCACAUGAACGACAUCCUCAACGUCCUGCAGAGCAUUCUGCUGCCCUUUGCUCUCAUUCCCAUCCUGACAUUCACCAACCUCGGCUCGCUGAUGCACCAAUUCAAAAACGGCUGGCUGAGCCAGACAGUGGGUGUGUUGAUCACGCUCCUGGUCAUGGCCGUCAAUACCUACUUCGUUGCUGACUACGUCAUGAACCUGGACAACGUUUACUUCUACGUCCUCGCCGCCUUCAUCCUCAUCCUCUACGUGGCCUUCGUGCUUUACCUGCUGUGGCUGAGCUUUGUGGCCGUGGGCUUCUGUGGACUGAAGAGCGAUCAGGCCCAACGUUUCACCCACCAAAUAAUCCCCGACUAAACCCCAGCCCCCUGCCACCGGCCGGCACGGUGGUGCAGCAGGUAGAGCUGCUGCCUCACAGCGCCAG